AUGGCUGAUGGUGGACACCUCACUUCCACCCGGCCGCUGACCAGCGAGUUCGCCACACUGCCCACGCCAGGCCCAGCCCUCGAGUUGUGGACCCGUGCCGACGCUGAAGGUCGGUCGACAUUCUCCCAAGGUAUCAACUUAGAACGUGAGACCCAGCUUGAUGCCCACUUCAUUCGUCCGCCGAUUCGCGACAGCAACAUCUCCUGUCUUUUCGAUAUCUCCGACCGGUAUAUGCGCUACAGGACAGAUGGAGUUGCCAACACUGGCGACAGCGGCAAGAUUGCUUGGGGCGCUAGCACGCGAAGUAGACCUUGCGCGCGUGGCACUUCCUUCACCACUCCACACCAUCGUGGCCGAGGUGACGAUCGCUGUCGCAAUGACUACCAGCUUCCCGUCUUGGGAAACCGUCGCCUUUUCACUUGCCACGAAUCACGCGAGGGCUUAAAGAACUCGCAGCCACCGACAUCGACAUUGCGUAUAUGCUGAGCAGGUUCAUUGAGAAGUUUUUGGUCGGGGCAGCCGGCUUGUCGGGAAAGAUGGCUGCGGAAGGGCCGUCAGUCUUUGCUUGGUCGACAGCUGGGAUGGAGACUUCCUCCUUGGGCAUCUCGGGGUCGACGCGUUGAACCUCGUCUUCUGAGUCAUACCGCAGCGACAGUGCUUCUUGUUCUUGUGGAAUGCGCCCGAGACGGACCCGUCAGCGCUCUUGGCCGACCACUGCGCUGGAGCUUGCCGGAGCUUGCCGGAGUCGUGGCUGUUCUUCCACCUGAUGACCGCGCUACACGGUGGGGUGCGGAG